GUUAUACCUCAUUUGCAUAUGAUGUUGCAAAGUGUAAACUGGCAGCCUAUAAAAGCCAGUAUAAACCUACAGACAGAGUCCAGAGCUUGGAGUGUUAACUCUUAUGGGCCCGCUAGUGUAAUAAACCUGAGUUGUCCAACUCUCAGAGGGCUGCUGAUCCAGGUUGCUGUCACAACUGAGCUGUAACACAUUUUUCCACAACAGGGCGGCUUGUUGAAAUGCAUUUUGUGUCACGGACCCCCAGCCCCUGAUUCUGCUGGUCUGGGGCUGGGCCUGAGAUUCUGCAUUUCUAGCGCAUGCACAGGUGAUGCGGCUUCUGCCAGGCCAGGGACACCUGAGAAGCAGCAUCCCGAAAUGCAGUUCCCGCACUUACUCGUUGGCGGUGCGGCUUCAGGGUUCCAGUGCGUACAUUCUGAAUUACCUAAUGUACAUCCUGUGGGCGUUGCUGUUUGCGUUUUUGGCCGUCUCCUUGGUCCGGGUAUUUGCACCAUACGCCUGUGGCUCCGGUAUUCCAGAGCUUGGAGGAAGAAAUACAUGGAGGCGGACAGAGCUCUGACCUGUUCCUCCUCCCUCUUGCCCUCCUUCUGUCCUCUGUGGUUAUGAGGAUCUGUGCUUAUGAGGUGGGAAGACCCAUGAAAAACAUCAGCAGGACCCCUAUACAGGACCACUACUCUCCUGCCAGCACCAUCUUGUUCCCUGGCCUGCAGCAGCAUCUUGCUUUUUGCCUCUGAAACAGCUUGCCUCUAAGAAAGUGGAACUUAACCCUAAGAUUCUGUUGGUUCCCUGAGCUAACUCCUGGUUGGUUCAUUUGUAGCACCUCAUUUGCAUAGAGCUCACUCUUGGUUGGUCCAUUUCUAUCACUCCUGAUUGGUCCAUUUCUACAAAGCUUGUUCCUAAUUAGUCAACUUUGUUACAUCUUAUUUGCAUAUGAUGUUGCAAAAUGUAGACUGGCAACUUAUAAACGUCUGUGUAAACCUACAGACGGGGUCCAGAGCUUGUAGUGUUAACUCCUCUGGGACCACUGGAGUAGUAAACCUGAGUUCACCAACUCUCCGAGUGCUGCUUGGUCUCUCGCCCAGAUCCAGGUUGCUGUCACAACUGAGCUGUGACACACUUUACUGUAACAUUUCUAGCCCCGAAACAGCCACACUAAAAGCCCUGGCACUGGGCUAUGCCACCCUGCUUCCCCUGGAAUGUUUCCUACUCUGUUUUCUCACUCUGAGUUCCAGAAAUGCAAACUCAUUUUUAGGCACAGACCCAACAUGAACUCAGUAGCACUGUCUACUGCCCUAGAGUCAUUUAAAAUCAUCCCAGAUUCUCUUGGCUACUUCCAUUUGUUUUACUGCAACUUGCUUCUGGCUAAUUCUCCCUAGUAAAUCUCAGAAAAUAUCCCCAAAUAAGCCCACUCAUUAGAGACCAAUAAAUAAGGGCAAAAAAAAAAAUUUAUCAGGAAACACAUUCAGUAGGUAUUGCUGAGUGAGUUGGACAUCACAGCAAUCCAGGGACACAUUCCUGCAAAUUGCUACAUUACAUAUAGAGAGUACUGAUGAAAGCUGUGUACAGCUCCCUAGUGAGAAGGGGGUCCAGCAUGUCCUUCAGUAACUCCUUCAACAAGGCCGCCACAUCAAGAUCACUGCUGCAUUGAAAUGCAAAAGAAGUGUUGUGACAUGUCUGAUACUGUUUACCCAGACUUCAGGAUGGAGAAGCUAACAUGUUGCCUAAUCCACAGAGUCUACAUAACUCAGCUAUGAAUAUAUACAUAUAUAUAAAAUAAUGUAUAUAUUUAUAUAUGCAUUAUUCAGUGAAAUUAUCUGUGAAUUUCCAGAAAGUUGAGAAAAAAACCAGGGAAUAGAUUAGAACGUAAGUCGACUAUGAGUGGAAGGAAUUAACCUUGUAUACAGCAUGUGUUCUGCAUGUCAUGUUGGAAUAUUAUCAUUUUACAGAGGUACUUGUCAAGGAAUAAGAAUUUUUGUUUUAUUUGUUUUAUUUUUGUUGUUGUUGUAAGUAAUGAAAUUCAAAACCCCAACAUUUAUUUGUGAUGGAUUAAAAGACCAAUAACUAAGUAAAAAUUUUUACUUUAGAUUUGUCAAAGUAGCCAUAUUAAUAAUUUCCAGAAUCCCCCAAUUUAAUCAAUAUAAUAUGUCUAUUAGCAUUUAUAUCAGG